UGUUGAGCGUUCAAGCCGAACGGACAAGCAGAUUUUUAUGUGAUUGAAGCUUACGCGCUUUCGCUUGUGAUUUACGGGUUUUUUUGUUGUUGUUUUGAGGUUAGUAAACAUAAAUCCGUUUCAAGCUGAAAGAACAAAAAAAAGAAAAUGGCGAAUACCCGCCAACAUGCACAUACCGUUGGAAAACGUGCAUUCUGGACAGAAUUUUUUGCGUUAUACGAGAGUUUGCCGGCUUUGUGGGAUUUAACUGACCCGGCAUAUAAAGAUCGUCAAAGUAAGGCGAAUGGCUAUGACAUGUUGGUUAUGAAAAUGCGUGAAAUCAAUCCGCGUGCUUGCCGGGAUGAUGUGUUACGUAAAAUUAAUAUAUUUCGUACCAAUUAUCGCCGCGAAUGCUCUCGUAUUAAAACGAGUAACGAACAGGGCAAACACUAUAGCACAUCCCUUUGGUACUUUCAUAUGUUGAACUUUUUGCAGAGUGUCGAAUUUCGUAAAGAACGUAAACGUUUUCCGGAUGGUGAAAAGAAGAUUUUGCGUCGUAUGCCGAGUAAAGUUGUGUCAGGACAAACAGACAAUGAAACGACUAGAUCACAACUCUCAAAUUCACCUCAUACGUUUCAAGACAAUUCCAGUGAAUAUAAGGACCAGCUCAAUAAAUAUGAUUAUGUAUCGGAUAAUUGUAAUGAGACAGAGGAACGCCUGGAAGCUGUUCAGUAUUUAGAUGAGCAUUCAUUUCAACAGCAGUAUCAGAAUCAUUUUCAAGCAAUCACUUUUUCAAAUAAACAAAAGCAGGAGAAUACACCGACAAAAGAAGAGGAAGAAGACGCUAAUGCAUUUCAUGAAAUCAUUAAUAUCGAGGACUCAUCACAUGCGCAAGAUGAUGUGCUAGAAGAUAUUAAAACUGUUGAAAUAUGUAGCAAAGACUCGUUUCCCGAUCCAAUAGAUUAUACCUCACCGGAGCUUUCAGAGCGACUCAUGACAACUAAGAAGUCUAAAAAGCCACAACCCAAAACAUUUAAUGCAGAGUCCAGUCAUAGUGGGAACAGUGAAACGUAUCGACCGACUCAAGGUAUCAGUGAAUCCACCGAGAUAUUAGCUAAAUCCUGGGCUAUACAAUAUGAAGAAAUGUCACAAGAGCAGAGAAUAUAUGCACGCAAGGCAAUUGCCGAAAUUCUUUUUGAGGGUUGCCUUGGGAAUUUAGGUCGUCGUUUUAAUAUUAAAUCGUCAGUCAAUGCUGCAGCGGCUGCAAUUCCGACGGAAUAUGAGCAGGAUGAAAUAAUGGAAGAGAACGUAGUCACAGAACAAAUAGCUGAGGAAACCUUACUUAAUCUGGAAGAAGAUAAUAACACUUACGUGUAUGCUGGUGGCGGCGAAGGGAGUGAAGGAAUACAACUGCACGAUUACAUACAUUGAUUUUCCUAAAAGUGAAAAGCAUUGCUCAUCUGAAUACAUUUACGAUUGUUUGCACUUACAUACAUGCAUAUAGUCCAUUAAUAAAAACAAAAUUACAUUAGUGUAAUGACUUCCUAA